AUGGUAGACAUCCAAUAUAAUCAAGCAUUCGAUAUUUUAGUUAUUGCUUUAGAAGACUCUAUUUUAUGUUACUAGCAGUAUUAGUUUAGCAAAAGCAAUAAUAUGCUUCCAAUUAUAUACAAGCUUGAUAAUAUUCAAUUCUUGUAAUUUAUUGCUGAUAAUCUAAUACUUACCUAUGACUAACAGAUUUUACAUUUAAAUAUUUAAAUUGGUAUAAUAGUGAAUAUAAUUUAGUUUAAUUCUACCUAACUAGUAACUUCUUAUAGCUUAAAUAAUAACCAAGACUUUCUCUUAGUAGGAUUUAGUGAUAAAUAAGUUCUUCUAUACAGUCUUAUUGACAAAAAAUAAUUUGUAUUUGGUGCAUCAUUUAAAGACCCUCUUAACUCUUCUAUAACAAUUAUGUAGUUUAUAGAAACUGAGUAAGUGGCUUAUGCUGUUUCGAGUGAUGGAAUAAUAAUCUAAAUAGAUAUCUCUAAUAAGCAAUAAACUUAAUAAAUAGAUUUAAAAAAUCUAGUCAGCGAAAAUCCUAAUACUACCAUAGCAAAAUUUUUAGUUGACGAGACUUAUAAAAGAUAUAUUUUUUGCUUCUUAGGAUAGAAAAAAGCAUAUAAAAAUUUUAUUAAGGAUAAAAUAAUAGACUUUUCUUUUGUUUCAGACAAGGUUAUAGCAAUUUUCUUCAUAGAUAAAUUUGAACUAUUCUUAAUUCAAGGAGAAAAUGCUAAAUUAGUUUCCUAGCAGGACUAUUCUUAUCCUAAAAUUUUAGAUUAUCAUUUCGAUUCUUUAAACAAUUCUAUAAUUUGUGGUUUCUUCCUAUAACAUUUAGAAUAGUGUUGUACCUCUAUCAAGUGA